UCAUGCCAAGGGGAAAAUGCAUAAAAAAUCCAUUGAAGUUUGUAGAUGAGAGGAAAAACAAUAAUGCUUCUCGUUCACUUCAACCUCUAGCACCAACUGCAUCUGAAGAUACCAUUGUAGAGGCUGGUGAGGCUCCUUCUCAAGCCGUUGCAAAUUCCGUUUCAUCUGAUGGAGCUACACGUUGUUCUAACUCAAAGUCUUCAUCUGCUUGGAAUGUGGAGAUAAUUGACUCUACAAAUGUGAAGAAGAAGGCUAAGAUCAAAGUCAAGGAUGUUUGCAACUUACCUAGAGGAGACCGUGUAAUUGUAGAGGUUGACGAAGAGGGUGCGGCAUAUGGUGAAGCACAAGGUUUACUUGCUGGCUAUUGUGGUAUAUUAGCAACUAAUGCACGUAUCUUUCCAAUUAGCUUUGAAAAGUGGUCAGGACAAGAAAAUGGUGGCAUGCCUAAAUCUUUUAAGGAUGAGUGCUUUGAUUCAAUGAUAAAGGAGCUUUGCAUGAAAAAUAAGGAAAAUCGAAGCAAGCAAACCAUUCCUCACACUUGUGGAUCUAAAUCCAACUCUCGGAGGCGACAUGAGAUGGUAUAUAUAUACACACACUUGUACUUGGAAACGGAAAAAAAGCCUAGUAGAGAAAUGAUGUACAUUGAAACACAUAAGAGAAAGGAUGGGUCUUUUGUAAAUAACGAAGCAUUAACUAUAGUGGAACAAAUUGAGCUGAAUAUGACACAGUCAAAUGCGUAAUUUGAGGUGUCCCCUAAUGAUGCUGUUGGUAAAGUUUUGGGGCCUGAACACUCUGGGAGAGUUCGUUGCAUGGGCAUGGAAGCAGCGCCUACAAAUACCUUUAGGAAUGUGAGAAGUCGGCUUAAUGGGAUGACCAUCUCCACUAAUUCAGCUGGAUCUUCUUCGCCUACUACUGCUGCAAUUUUAUAGAAAAAGAUUAAUAAUUUAGAGUCUGAC